UAAAUAAAACAUGGCGUCCGUUGCUAGGGUGCUGUUUAGUACUUUAUUUCUCUUUAAUUUGGUAUUUAAUUUAAACGGAGGUACGUAUGUAUUGAUUUUAUACAAAUAUUUUAUUCCUUUUAUAUAAAUAUGAUGUUAGCUGCUUGAUUUGGUUAAUUUUGUAGCGAUGAAAUAUAUUUACACUUCUUGAUUUUUUGUAUAAAACGCGAUAAAGACAACACAUAUCAUUUUUACUUUAAAUUGGAAAUCAGGAGUAAUAAUUUCUUUCUAUGAUCGUAAGGUGAUUUCAGAAAAACUAUCUGUGGCCGUCAAAUUGAUGUAUUGAUAAUAACCAAAGAUCAUGACCAAAACAUGUCAAGCUAUAAAUUUGAUGACAUUAGUCAUAUAAUAUUUGUGACAAUUAAUAUUUCAUAAAUGUUACAAUUAAUAUUUCAAAUUGUGGCUCAUAACCUAUUAAGCAAUGUGCCCCAAUUUGUUAUUUUACGUACUCCUUAAAACAACAGCAAAAAAUGUAUGCUACUGCAAUAUAGCUGGGACAGACUAUGGCAAUUCUCAAUAUCGUUUUGAAAUUAUAAUAUAAUUAUAGCUGUCAUAACCAGAUUAGGGAUGAAUUAAAGUAUCAAUUAAAGCAACAGUCCAUUCCACAUUUUCUCCCAAACUACACUACUUGCCCACUAAUUGGCCUAUACUGUAGAAUAUUCCACCCUGAAGAAAUUUAUAGUUGCCGACAUUGUUAAUUAACUUACUUGAUCAUGCUGGAAUAGAUGCUUGUUAUCCACCAAUUAACCCCAAACGAAUCGAGAUCUCUGAUCACUGGGAGAAAGACGGAGUCAGUUAUCAAGAAAAACAAAUUAAUGAACUUAUUGUUAAACGAGGUGCCUAUCAUCUUCGUCUCGUUUGUAAGAUCGACCCGCCGUUACCUAAAACAGAAGAACAUUUUGAAUCAAGGAACCAUUUAGUUAGGUUUGAGAAAAUAUAUCCUGAACAUCAUGUUCUGACUGGUCCGAGAUAUUGGUCAGACAGCCAACAGAUCUCGGCUGUUGCUCUCGAUAUUGGCCUGGUGGAAUUGUUUGGCACAUAUGCUUGUGUGUAUGGAGAAAUGAGAAGAACUGUCGACAUAUUAGGUAGGUAAUUGCAGUGAAUUUUAAUGACAUUUUAAGGUUUUUUUUAGGAAAAUUAAAUUUAAGGAAUUUUAGAACCCAUGCCCAAGAUUUGGCUGCGAUGUAAUUAUUCAAAAGGGCAGUUAACUGUGAGCACAUGCUGAGUCACUCCCAACUAUAAAAUUACAACAGUAAACAGCUUUUCGAAUUUUAAAAUAGCUUUGUUCAUACUGUCUUAUGAACUAUAUAGGCCUACUGUUGAGUGAAUUCAGUGUUGCGAUUUAUACUAGAGUCCACUACAGUACAGACCACAUAUUUGGAUAAACAAAUGGAAACAUACAACUUUGCAAGCUUUAUAAAUCUGAAUGUACAUACCCUAAUUUUCCUAGUUUGAAACACAAACUACUAACAACUUGAACAGCAUACCUGUCCUUGUGCUUUACCAAGACCAAGACUGUUAUGCCAUCAGUUCUUCCAUAUAAUCCUGUUAAAACUUAAAACAGCUAGGCCUAGGGCACUAUGUCUAUGUAAAACAGCACUAAACGUUUAGACAGUCUUCUGAAAUUCUUUGACUUUCAACCUCGUGAAUACUAGGCACGGGUUUGCUUUGCAAAUACAUAAUGAAUAACUGCAUUCACACGACUCAGGCCCGUUUCAUACGCCGUACUUCACAUUACAAACAAUAGAUAAUCCGAGACAUUUCAGCUCAUUAUCUAUUGUCUUUAAUUCAGUAUUCGGCACAUGUGAAGUACGGAGUAUGAAACGGACCUCAUUGACUCGUCAUAACACAAAAGAAAAUUUGACCUCUGGAGAUUAGAUUGGAAUUUCCUUUGUUUUUAGCCUUAAUACAGCUAGGGGUGUAAAAAAGCGAGACCUGCACAGUACAGGGGGUGUCCCAAAAAACCACAAAACUAUUAAAAUAACGUAUUGUUGGAAUUUGAAUGCCCAGCACUAAGAUGAACGCAAAGAUGCGUAAAAUAUUGACAGGGUGCAUAUUUUAUAAAUAUUGAUUUAUUAAGAAAUAAAUAAAAAUAUCUUUGUAAAGCGCACGAUUUUCUGCUCAUGGACAUGGGAAUUAAAAACGCGGGUUCAGUUAGGCUCUUAAUAAAAACAGUGUUUAUCCAAUAAGAAAUUUCAGAAUUGUUGUAUAUUCAUCCCAAACUACAAGAAAAUAUUAUGUUGAACAUUUCGAUUGUUAAUUCACUUUAGCGAAUAACGAAGAAAUGGUGAAAGAUCUACCAGCUCCUGUGACUUUGGAACAUGUGAUGUCAUCCACUUUUAUAAAGAAACAUUUCAUGGAUAGCAAUUUAAACAAUGCAUCUUACCAUCCCGUAAGUUGUAAAAUUUUAAUAUGAUAUUGAGUUGUGCUUUAUAUUGAAUAUGUUGUUCAACCUGAUUUUUGUUACAUGAAAAAUUUUUCAUUGAAACAUAUUAAGUCAUUUUGUUUCGUCUGCAGAUUAUCGAAAAACCCGACUUUCAUUGUGAAGUAAAGAAUUCUGGAUUACAAGCAAAAUCAGGUAAACUAAACUGAACUAUAAAUUAUGGAUAGGUCUGUCAGUUUUCGAAACUGUUUUUCCUUUUUUAGGGAGUUCCUAUAUAGACGUCCAGUAUAUACGGGUCAUUCUAGGAGGAAACCUAAAUUAAACUCACUCAUUAUUUAUACUGGAUUAGUGGAUAGUUUUUUAGAUUAGACAUUGACAAUGUGCGCCCAAAUUGUAAUGGCAUUUGUUUUUUCCCUGUCUAGUUCACCGAGUAACCGCAACAGAUAUCAGUGUGGUGGCGUCCCUAGGCGACUCUAUUAUG